AUGGCGGCCAUUCCCAUUCCUCGAUCCCAGGUUGGGAUCCAACGCCUCCCGGCUCGCAGAAUGAGCAGCGAGCCUCGUGAGUCGAUGAAUUGCAAAUCCUGUCGCAAGCGUAAGGUGUGUUUCCCCCACCGUCUCAUAAGAACUGUCGCCAGAGAGAGCGCUGACAUCGUUUGGUUGUGUGUCCAGAUUAAGUGCAACAGGCUCCGGCCUACCUGCGAGGCCUGUCAGGUCUUCCAGUGUCCAUGCGUAUAUGGUGAGGUUCGCCAUGCCGUGCCCAAGAAGCGUGGUCCCAAGACAGACGUCCUCGACGCCUUGUUGAAGCGUGUCGACGGCUUGGAGGCCAAGCUUAAGGACAAAAAUGCCCACCAGACGACUAGGUCUACUGCCCUGGCCGGCUCCAAGAGGUACCAUGAUGCUGUCGAGUCUCAUGGCCGUGGAGAGCCGGUGUCCAAGCGUACAGCCACCGAGGCAAGAUUAUCACCAGGGCCCAACGAGGAUACGCCUCCCAGGUCAUCAGUUGGUCUUCCGCUAACACCUCACGUCGCUGGGUUAUCCGCUGAUUUGGACAGUGACCUGCCUGCCCUAAUUCCCGAAGCCGUCCUUGACACCUACUUUGCCCGUUUCCAUGCAAAACCCUAUCACAUUCUAGAUGAAGGUUCUAUCCGCCGACGUAUCCAGCUUGGCCAGUUGCCUGACUUUCUUGAACACGCCAUCUGGGCCGUUGCCUCUCGGAGCACCCCCCAUAUCGAGGGUCAUCAAGCAGCGGUAAAGCUCGGCGAGGAAUACGCUAUCCUGUCAAGGACAGAACUAGACACCGAUGAGCCCUCGAUCGAUGGUCUUCAGGCUGCCCUUCUCUUAGUGAUCGCCUUUCUCAGUGCGGGCAGAGGGAACAGAGCAUAUAUGCUCUUAGUAACUUCCGUUGGAAUGGCAAUGGCCCUCGAGAUGCAUCGCGAGACGGACCAGUCCACUGUGGCGCCCGUAGAGAGGGAGAUCCGCCGCCGCCUCUUUUGGAGCUGUUACUUGCUCGACCGGUUUAUGGCCUGCGGGUCUAAACGGCCCUCGCUCAUCAGCGACCAGUCCAUUGUGCUCCGACUGCCCUCCUGGACCACAGACCGCUCCUCAGCCCUCAUCCAAGGCGACUUCUUCCAGCCCAACUCAAACCUGCAAUAUUUCCACGGAAGCGGCAAGAGAGCCCAGGGGAGCACCGGCAUGCUCAUCGAUAUUGCACGGAUACUCGGUACCACAAACCGGUACUUGGCCGCUGGUGGCGUCAGGGGCGACCCCCACUUCCCCUGGCACUCGCUUUCGAACCUAUCCAAGAUCCGCCAGGACCUGGACACCUGGGCCUCGGGAACAGACGGCGUCUUCUCCAGCCUUGAAGCGCUCUUUGGCCAGAGCGACUCCACGGUCCUUGUCCUGAGCAAGCUCAUCUACCACCUGGUAUACUGCCUCAUCUACCGACCCUUCCUCCCCACCAACUUAGCCGGACUUAUGGGUGCGGCGGGCCAGCAUGAGUCGUGGCAGAUUGAGGCUACAAACAUGUGCUUCCUGCACGCAAAUGCCAUAGCCGAGCUGGUCGAGCUUGGCAAGCAGGCCGGCACCAUCGAAUGGCCCGCCUUCGUGGGCUACUGCAUCUGCACGGCCGGUACCGUCCACAUCCACGGCGCCCACUACUCCCGACAGCAGGGAGGCGGCACCAUCAGCCGUGAGAUGGCCGUAUUCAACUCGUCGUCCCACUUCCUUUACCGGGAGAUGCAGUACCUCGACGAGCUGCGCUGCACUUGGGCCAGUGUGCAGCACCAGCGUGACAUCCUGCAGAGCAUGUACAACGCCCACGAAGAGCUCGUCAAGUCUUCCAUGGGCAAUAGUAACACCAUGCGUUAUGCUCAAUCCUUCCAUCUCGAGGACUUCUUCGAGCGUUACGCCAACAUUGACGGCUCAAAAGGACAGAACUUCCACUUUGACGCCGCGCACCUCAAUCUGCGUGAUGCCGCCGUCGACCUCAUCACCGUGGAUACCUUACCCGUUCACGAUUUGUACACACCCCACAGCACCACCAACGACAAAAAAGAUGCUUCUGUACAGCGCCGCGACAGAAACGCCCUCUUGACCAUCCCGGCUUCUGUAUCGCGCCUCAAUUCACAGACCCCAAACUCAGAGCCACAGGACAUGUCCAGUGGCGGCAACACUGGUUUCAGCAGCAUGAUUCCCAAUCUACCAGGAAAUAAUAACACGGCAUUGAGUCCAAGAUUCAAUAAUAUGAUGGGUGACUCGACCAGUUACGACCCCAUGUUUGGAACUCUGCCAACCAAUGCUUGUGGCACGCCUGCUGCUUUAGGCUGGCAAGCCAACGAUGCACAACAGCAGCAGCAGCAGCAGCAGCAGCCGGAACACACUGACGCGGGGGCACCUGUCAGCCCUGGGACGGGGAGCGCGACGGCACACGAUGACAAAGACCCGUUUCUCAGUCUGUUGGAACAGCUUGCCGAGGACGAGCAGCGCGUUAGCAACGGGGGGCCAUCAGAGCUGGAUUUUUUUCUCGCAGGAGGGACAAAUCCUUAG